GCAUUCUCAACGUCGACUAACCCCGCAGCGAGACCGUCUCUGUCCAAAUGGCUCCCACCACCAAAUCCGCCGGCAAGAAGUCUGCCGGAAAGACUGGCCGCAGUGCGAUCGCUGACGUUGUCGCCCGCGAAUACACGAUCCACCUCCACAAGCGCGUGCAUGGCGUGAGCUUCAAGAAGAGGGCCCCCAGGGCUGUCAAGGAGAUCCGCGCUUUCGCUAAGCAGGCCAUGGGUACCAACGAUGUCCGCCUGGACCCGCAGCUCAACAAGAAGGUGUGGGAGUCUGGCAUCAAGGGCGUGCCAUUCCGCCUUCGCGUUCGCAUUUCGCGUAAGCGUAACGACGAGGAGGGCGCCAAGGAGAAGCUCUACUCGUACGUGCAGGCGGUCAACGUCAAGGACCCCAAGGGUCUGCACACGCAGAUUGUCGAGGAUGCUUAGAUGGGCCGGGCAAGGCAGGAGAAAGGAUGAUGUGCAUAGCAAAAGCAUGGCGUUCCGGCGGCUUGUGCCGAGUAGCUACUAUGGAUAUGUAGAGCGAAAGGCUGGUGAAAUGAUACCACAAUGACAUAUCAUGCCCCGCCACGUUUGAUGGUUCAAGAUUGUUUGGCGUGGUCGCAGUGCUUGCUUAGCCUACCCGUGAUGAGGGUGUGUGAGAGUGUGUCGUGGGCAUCGCCAGU